AUGGAGAGAGCGCCAGCUAUGGGAGGAGAAGAAGAAGAAAACAUAAUCAUUCCUAGCAGCAGCAGCCGCCGUGGCUUCCCUUUCCCUAGUUUGUGGACAACACUGCAAACGAUCAAGAGGAUCUUCAACAUCUCUACUUUUAGAGUGCUUUCACUUGUUUCCAACAGUCUUUCAGGCAAUCUUCCGUCCAAUAUGGGUUUAGGUCUGCCUAAUUUAGAAGACCUUUACCUCAGCUCUAAUAACCUCAGUAGACUGUUGUAUUUGCUGUUUGAUAACAAUUUAACAAAUGAAUCUUCAUUGGUGGAGUUAAGCUUCGUCACUGCGUUAACAGAAUGCAGAUACCUGAGAAUAAUUUCAGUGGCUAAUAACCGGUUAACUGGUGUUCUUCCAGUUUCUAUAGGAAAACUUUCUUCUUCUAUAGAAGAGAUUUAUGCAGGUGGCUGUAAAAUGAAGGGAAGAAUUCCAAAAACUGUUGGCAAUCUAAGCAAUUUGAGAGUGCUAGGUAAUCUUACUUCGCUCAUAUAUCUUUAUCUAGCUUCCGACAGAAUAACUUCUUAUGUGCCUGACAGUUUGUGGAGCCUCAAAGAUCUCUUGGGAUUUAUUCUGUCAUCGAAUUUCUUGACUGGCUCUCUACCUUCAGAGAUUGGACUGUUGAAGGUUGCAACAUGGAUAAAUUUGUGGAUGAAUCAGUUCUCAAAUAACAUUCCUAGCAGAAUUGGAGAUUUAGAAAACUUGAAUCAUCUUUCUUUGGCAUAG